AGUUCCUUUCUUUUAAGUGAAAAGGCGAGCACUGUAGACCAGUGACCCAAAGAUAACUUAGGCUGGCUGGUCCGGCUGAAUAUACAAGAACAGAAAUUUUGUCGAUAUUUAACAAGAAAUAACUGGAUUUGAAGUACGUGAUAUAAUGGAAUUGAAUUUGAGGAUCAUCGUCUCUUUGAUGCUCGUUGUUGCUGCCUCUGGUCAAGUUGAAGAUUCGAACCAGAAUAAUGACUAUUAUCGAAGACACUAUCAGUGCCCUCAAGGAUGGGUUCAGAGAUGCAACCGAUGCUACUUAUAUGUAAACCAGCCAAUGCAAUGGGUUGAUGCCCAAUAUUACUGCAGGAGGCUUGGGGGUGAUUUGGUCACAAUUCGUGACUGGGCAACCAACUACUUCAUGUUCCGCAUCGUGAGGCAUUUCGAUCGGAGGCGAAGAACAGUAUGGAUCGGUGCUAACGAUCGCAGAACCGAAGGCACAUUCGAAUGGUCUGAUGGAACUAGAGCUAGCAGAUACAGUUUCCGUUGGUUUGCUCCGGGGGAGCCUGAUGACGAAUCUCCGGGCCAAGACUGCGUCGAACUGCAAACGCGGGGCAGACGCAGAUUCUUGUGGUAUGAUCAUUUUUGCGAGGACGAGCAAACCUUUAUCUGUCAGGCCAACGCUUGUUACGAAGGGCAAUUUCGAUGUGAUAAUGGAAAGUGCAUUACAAAGUAUGCAGUGUGCGACCGUAUCAAUGAUUGUGGGGACAAUUCGGAUGAGAGAAAUUGCAAACACUGUGGAGGGAAGCUUGGGGGAACAAAUGGCUCUUUUACGUCACCAGAGUACCCUAAGUUUUACCCAUCUGAUUCAGACUGCACUUGGAUAAUCACGGUUCCUUUGAAGACAAAAGUGGAACUGUCAUUCAAAGAAAUUCACCUGGAGCCUGGGUUCGAUUAUGUUGAUGUUUACGAUGGGCCAACCUCGUCUUCAAAGAUCAUUGCUCGAUUGAUGGGUCUAGGCAAGGUGACACCUUUGCUGUCAUCUGGUAACCAAAUGCUGGUCCGAUUUGUAUCUGAUGAGUCGAUCGAGAAUAAAGGGUUCUUGGCUAACUACAGGGCAGUGACGGACAGCUCUUGUGGAGGAGCAUUGAAUGUUGGUAAAGGUCAAGUGCGGGAAAUCCUUUCAUCAAAUUAUCCUUCACAUUAUCCAACAAAUUCCAAAUGCACUUGGACGAUUACUGCCGACCCAAACAGUGUACUGAGCCUCCGUUUUAUUGACUUUGAAACCGAACUUAUCAAUGAUGUGGUAGACAUAAGGGAUGGUGUUUUGAGCACAGAUAAAUUGAUCGCCAGAUUGUCAGGCGCACAGACUGGGCAAACGUUUAUUUCGACUGGAGCAGGAUUCACGAUGAAGUUCACGUCAGAUCAUGCCAUUGGGAGAAGAGGUUUUAAGGCAGUCGUGUACGGAGGUUGUAACAUCGAACUUAAUGCAACGAAAGGUGUAAUUUCCAGUCCAGGAUUUGGCUAUAAAAACUACCCAAAUAUGUUAGAUUGCACAUGGAAAAUCAACGAACCAAACGGAAGAAACAUCGACUUAUUGUUUCAUUUUUUCGACACUGAAUUGUACUUUGAUGUUUUGGAUGUGUUGAACGGCAACACCGGUGCCUCGAUCAAACGAUAUUCUGGAGAACUUGCGAGGCUGGCUUCGGAAGCCUGGAUCCUAGAUACAGCUACGUCCAAGUUAGAUGUUACCUUUAAGUCAGAUUACAGUUACAGCAAAAAGGGAUUUCGAAUUUCUUUCUCCGUUGGAUGCCCCAAGUUACUGGUUCCGGAGCACGGAUCCAUAAGCACAAUGCAAACAAACUUUGGAGUUCGGGUUACUUACAAAUGCAACAGUGGCUAUAGGCUUAAUGGCAGUGCGACAACAACUUGUCUUUUUGGAGGAAUGUGGUCUGCGAAAGCUCCAAAAUGCCAAGAAAUCAUUUGUGGUCCCCCCGGAACCAUUACAAAUGGCAUGUAUCAAAUCAACGGCAGUUACAACUUCAAUAGCACAGCAACAUACUCUUGUUUUGGGGGGUACCAGUUGAACGGAAGUCGAGUUCGUCGUUGUCAAGAAAAUGGACUGUGGUCCGGAACUUUGCCAACUUGCAUAAACGUUGGUUGUGGAGACCCUGGGACACCUGCAAACGGAGCAAGAAGCACGAGCAAUACUAAAGUUGGUGCAGUUAUGUCUUUUUCUUGCAACUCCGGAUUCAACUUGCUCGGAUCAAAAACUAUAAUUUGUGACGCAGAUGGAAAGUGGUCCGGACCCAUUCCUACCUGUAAACGUAUCUUCUGUGCGGUCGUACCACCACCGGUCAAUGGAAAGUACUUGCUAGGCCCGAACAGCACAGUUCCAGCUCUAAUCCAAUAUGGCGGAAUACUUACCUUUGCUUGCAAUAGAGGCUAUCUCAUGAGAGGCUCAGAGUCGAUCAUUUGCCAAGCUAAUGGAAAUUUCAACGACACUGCUCCUCAAUGUUUUGACAUCAACGAAUGUAGCAAUGUACCUUGCAAAGGACCUGGAGCUGUCUGUACCAACACUGUUGGGUCGUACAUAUGUAGCUGUAGAGCAGGAUACCAGAAAGUUAAAGGACAGAAAGACACUUGCGAAGAUAUUGACGAAUGUGCAGUUAACAAUGGUGGAUGUGCCCACAACUGUACUAAUACGGCUGGGAGCUAUCACUGCAGUUGCUGGGAAGGAUACUAUUUGUAUGAUGGCAAGGAAGGUUUGGUUCCAGAAGCGACUGUCAACCGCACUUGUUUAGGUGUCAAGUGCCCACCACCACCACCUUUGCUGAAUGGAGUUAGAGCGUUUUCAUCGAUCCGAUAUCCAGCGCUUGUUAUAUCUCAAUGUAAUGCUGGAUAUUUACGAACUGGCCCAAGAGAGAUUCGGUGCUUGAAAUCAGGCAGCUGGAGUGGUGGCUAUGCUGCGUGCAAUGCGGUUAAUUGUGGAGAUCCUGGGGCAUCAGUAAAUGCGAUCACCAACGUCACAGAUGGAUCGAACUUUAUGUCAAAAAUCAAUUACGAAUGUUUGGAGGGACACAUCAGAGAGAAUGGAUCACUCCAAAGAGAGUGUCUAGCAAACAAGACACAUGCCUUCUGGACAGGCUUGCCCCUUGUUUGCAAAAGGAUUUCAUGUGGAAGAUUAACGGAAAUCGCCAAUGGCAAACUGGUGUAUUUGAAUGGAACUCUUUUUGGAGAUAAAGUCGUGUAUGAAUGCCAACCCGGAUACAGUCUGACAGGAGGGAGUCAGGAGAGAACAUGCUCCUUGCGUGGUACCUGGUCAGGAACUGAACCAAAUUGCCAAGCUCAACCGUGCCCAGAUCCUGGUGUUCCAAAAUACGGAAAAAGGAAAGGAAUUUCUGUAAUUGGAGAAACAGUCGUAUAUAGCUGCAUCUCUGGCUACUCUCUGUCUGGAGAUGAAAACCGCACGUGCAGUUUUGUGAGUGGAGAAGGACUGGUGUGGUCUGGCGUUUUGCCUCAAUGUAAAGAUUCUCAGCCUCCUUCCUUCGGAGACACAUGUCCCAACAGCACCGUCGUGGCUUUACCUAAAGGAGAAGCAACCAUGUACUAUUCUUGGACUGUGCCAACAGCAACAGACAACAGUGGAAUACCACCGAAUGUGACAGUAACGCCAAUUUCGAUGCCCCCUCUCCAGUUAGGACCUGGAGUUACUUCAAUCACCUAUCUUGCGGAAGAUGCAGAAGGAAAUACUGCCAAUUGCACUUUUGCAAUAACAGUUGAAGAUAAAGAAGCACCAGUAACUGAAUGUCCGAAGAACGUGAUCAUAUCAAGCGACUUGCCUGUUAUUGCCUAUUGGGGAAGUGGGUAUGCCAAAGAUAAUACUCGUAUUGCAAGUAUCGUCUUCAACCCUCCAAACGGAACAACAUUCAUGUCUGACUCUCGAAAUCUAGUGACGAUGAAUGCUACAGAUCUUUAUGGCAAUCAAGCUUCAUGUAUGAUGGAAGUAUUUGUGAAAGGAUGUGGCUGUCCGAACAGCAGAACUUGCAAUAUCCAUCCGGACAAUGGUGUUGCAUCUUGUCAUGUCAAUUUGCCCCCAAUAUCCUGCAAUAUUUUUUGCAAUACAAACUACACGAUAGCAGAUAAGACUGCGACAUCACUCACCUUACACUGUCCUGGCGGAAACUGGACUCAACCAUCACCUGGUUGUGCAUUGAAAAAGCCUGUUGAUAUUUGCCACGAGUUUACUGCAGUUUCCGAAUACAACUCUGCUGCAUUAAGUAAAGUAACAAGUUCAUCCCAGCUGUUCAGUGUCUCUGAUUCGCUGGUCACCUACCUAAAUGGGCGGACAUUGCCAGCAUGUGCAGAUAUGAAGCUAUCAAGGUUUUCUUUGUAUACGUCUUCAUCAUCAACCCUACAAGUAAAGUCAAGAAUAAGAGUCUCGUUUGCAUCAUCGGUUGCCAUACAAAACAUGACCCAUGUGAGGCUAAGUUACUGUGUUGCCGCUUUGAAAGCCGACAUAAAUAACCUUCAAUCAAAUGUAACUGCUGCGGUUGUUCCAAUCGGGUCGUAUUCCUGUCAACGUGUGUUUGUAGAUUCAGACCGGACAUGUUGUGAUGGCACUAAAGAAACCUGUUGCCCAGGCAACAAUGUUUAUGUCAAGACCUCAUAUCUGGCUACGGAUUAUUGUUACGCCUGCACCCCUGGAAUGUAUUAUGAUUCAACAACGCAGAAUUGUCUUGGAUGCCCAGUGAACAUGUAUCAAAACAUUAGCGGCCAAGCCAGCUGUGUUCAAUGUCCGUCCGGUUCAGGAACUCUAAGAACCCACUCAAAGAAAUGCCUAGAAUAUUGUAAAGUUGGCACAUUUUCUUGCGAUGGUUUCGGUCCCGUUUGUCGCCCGUGUCCAAUUGGCGAGUACCAAUCGUCUCAGAAGUCGACCAAAUGUGUCAAAUGCCCGUCUGGCCAAUCAACAAAAUCAACUGGAGCAAAGUCAAUAGCGGAAUGUGUAGAUCCUUGCGCUGCGGGUAACUUUUCAGGUGAUGGAUACAGCCCUUGCGAACAAUGUCCCAUUGGCACUUUCCAACCCAACACUGGCCGAGUGGUCUGUUAUCCUUGCCCUGGCGGAGGAACAUUUGGCGGCAAAACAGGCGCAGUCUCAGUUUCAGAAUGUCCAACCAACGAUUCUUGCUACGCUUCGCCCUGUCAGAACAACGGCACGUGCAUUCGUGGUGAAUUUGCUUACUCAUGUAAGUGUGCAGAUGGUUACACUGGCAAAGACUGCGAGAUCGAAGUCGAUGAAUGCGCUUCGGCGCCAUGUCAGAAUGGGGGCAACUGCACCGAUUUAGUGAACUCGUAUACCUGUACGUGCCCUCCUGGAUAUACAGGAUCGAACUGCGAGAUUGACAUCAAUGAAUGUGAAAGUCAGCCUUGUAUGCACGGGGGUACCUGCGUUGAUGGCGUAAAUUCGGUGACAUGCAUUUGUAGGCCUGGCCUGACAGGAGAGUUCUGCCAAACAGACAUCAACGAGUGUGCUUCUAGUCCAUGUCAAAAUGGAGCGACUUGUCUCAACUUAGUGAACCGUUAUUUAUGUCUCUGUUCGCCUGGCUAUUAUGGGGUAAACUGUGAAAAUGAGACUGAUGAGUGUUUGUCGAAGCCUUGCCGAAACAAUGCAACGUGUAUUGAUCAGGUGAACAAUUUUAAGUGUGAUUGCCAACCCGGGUUUGCAGGCAGAAUCUGUGAAGUGGAUAUCAAUGAGUGUUUGACUGACCCAUGCACCAAUAAUGGAACUUGUUUGGACAAAGUUAAUGACUAUCAAUGUAUCUGCCAGGCAGGGUACACCGGGAAGAACUGUUCAAUUGAUAUCGACGAGUGUGCCACAACACCUUGUAAAAACGGUGGAUCCUGUACAGAUCAAGUUAAUAGCUUUGAGUGCACUUGUUUGGCUGGAUAUACAGGAAAACGAUGUGAAAUUGAUAUCAAUGAAUGCGCCUCAAGUCCUUGCAGAAAUAACGCUACUUGUGUUGACCAGGUGAAUUCAUACAACUGUACUUGUCAUCCUGGAUUCUACGGCGAUCAUUGUGAAAAUGAGACAAAUGAAUGCGUUCCAAAUCCUUGUAUCUAUGGUGACUGCGUAGAUUUAGUUGCUGACUACAGAUGUGAUUGUAUGGCUGGUUUCACUGGGAAAGACUGCGAUCAUAAUAUCGACGACUGCGCGUCACUUCCGUGUCAGAAUUCUGGGAAUUGUACGGAUUUCGUUAAUGGCUAUAACUGCACAUGUGCGCCAGGAUAUACAGGUGUAAACUGUGAGACUGACAUCAAUGAAUGUAGUCCUGAUCCAUGCCGUGGAAAUGCUUACAACUGCACAGAUCUGAUCAAUGGAUUUUACUGUAACUGCAAACCAGGGUAUAGAGGACGAUCAUGCGAGAUUGAGAUAGACUACUGCACGCCAAAUCCCUGUUUGUACAACAGUACAUGCAUGAAUGUAAAAGAUUCAGCCUCGUUCAAGUGUAAUUGUACCGAUGGAUAUAUCGGUGACACUUGCGGAACCGAGAUUAAUGAGUGUGCAUCGAAUCCAUGCCAGAAUGGAGGAACUUGCGUUGACCUGGUUGCAGCAUACACUUGUAGCUGUCUGCUAGGCUUUACUGGUUUGAAUUGUGAAGUCAAUAUUGAUGACUGCAUUGCACGCAAUGGCUCUCUCCCAUGCCUCAAUGGUGGUGUCUGCUUAGAUGGCAUCAACUCCUUCCGAUGCCAAUGCCCAAUUACACAUACUGGGCAAAGAUGCCAGAAAGCGAAAUCCCCGAGGUUUGACCUUCGUUUCCAUGGCGGAAGUGGCUCUUAUUUGAGUUACAUGAACUUCAGCAGUGUACCGGUGGUUACAGUAGCAAGCUGGGUGCGUUUCCUCGGAAAGACCUCGGCUGGCACAUUCUUAAUGCUAACAAACAUGGUCAACACAUCAUAUCAUGAUAUUUUGUUUGAAAUCCAAGAUAGAUUCGUACGAUUUACUCCAUCGAGUGGCAGUCGGGUGACUCAUCCGUUUACAAAGCCUUUGAAUGACGGUCUAUGGCACCACGUUAUUGUAUCAAUUGAACCAGCAACUGGAAGUGUGCAAGUCUACAAGGACAAAGAGGUUGUUUUUAACUCGAUUGAAAAUGGCAUGAAAACUAGAAAAUUAUUUGAACCAAAAGGCAUGCUAAUACUCGGUCAGGAAAUGUCGAACAUGGGUUCAGUUCUAAGCAACUCAUUUGCGGGUGAAAUUGGCCAGGUUGGCAUUUGGAACAGAGUCCUAAGCUCUGCUGAAAGAUCUGCCUUGACAGCAAACUGUUCUACAAACCUCACAGAUACACUGCGUUCGUGGAUUCACCUCAGUGGUUCCAAGGGACCCAAUGUUACAAUCGUGGAGCCAACAACUUGUGGUAGCAACACGUGCCCGCCAUCUUUCAUAGGCCAAUUCUGUGAGACUGAAAUUGACAAAGAACCACCAAAGGUUGUCAGAUGCCCAAAUGUGACCCAAGUGGUAACACCAAACAGAGUAUCCGUUGUCACAUGGACAGAGCCUAUUUUCAGUGACAAUAAAGUGGUUGCUACCAUCACCACUUCUCACCGCUCCGGAUCUUUCAUGGCUUGGGGAGAUUACAUUGUUACCUAUGUUGCAAGCGAUGCUUCUGGCAACUCUGCAUCCUGCACUUUUGAACUUUAUGUCAUGCGCUACAUGUGCCCACUCUUGAAGCCCCCGCGAAACGGCGCUGCAUUUUGUGGAAGCUGGGAUUACGGUAGAUUUUGUGAUGCAAAAUGUUAUCCGAACCACGCAUUUGCAGUGCGUUACCCUCCAUACUAUUCUUGUGGCCAAAGUGGAACAUGGAGUCAUGGCCCACCCUCAUACCCAGAGAAUCCACAGAAUUUACUACCUGCCUGUGCAGCAACUGCAUCUGCAACAACGGCAACGUCAAACAGAGUAACUUAUUCAGCCAGCUCAUGUAAUGCACAAUUCAUCGCACAAUUCCGAAGAGAAUUUGAAGCCAAAAUCCAAACGAUUCAGAAAUAUUUCCCUAUUUGUGGAUCUAGCUGCGAUUUCAGCCAGAUAAGCAUCAAAUGUGACGGUGUAUCGAGACGGCGAAGAAGCACGGGUGGCUCGGCGGCAACAAUUACAGUAGACUUCCCGGUGAACACCACCAGUGGAGAGAACUACACACAGCAAGUUCAGAGUGGUCUUAAAAACGGGCAGUUUAACAUGACGAUAUCGGUCAAUAACGUCACGAUCAAUUCCACAAACAACGACCUCAAAACAACUGUGUCUACAAAGUGUCCCCAGGGAAGCAUCCUCCAGUCUCAAACUAAAAAAUGCAUUUUUUGCCCAGCUGGAACAUACCACAAUGUGUCAGGCAAUGAAUGUGUCGAUUGUCCCAUUGGCUUAUAUCAACAAAUGGAUGGUUGGACCAACUGUACAGCGUGUCCUUCUGGAACUACAACAUUCAAUGUUGCUUCCAAUCACAGCUCUGCCUGUAAAGAAAUCUGUACCGCUGGAAGUUUCUUUAACAUGACUGCAGACAGGUGUCAGCUUUGUCCUGAGGGAUUCUACCAGGAAAAUACUGGCAAAAUGCAAUGUGAUUAUUGCCCUAGUGGAAGGUCUUCUAGUCUUGGAGCCAAAAAUGUUUCUGAAUGUGUAGUGAAAUGUGGCCUAGGCUCUCAAUUAGCAACGGGUGAUGCAUGCCAGUUGUGUCCACGUGGAAGCUACAGGGACGCUGCGAAUCAAACGAGCUGUGUUUCUUGCCCGGUGACUGGAGGAGUUACAACAACAACAUACAUUCUAGGAGCUAAAAGUUCUUCAUCUUGCAAAGCUGUUUGUCCACGUGGAAAAGAAGUAUCGAAAGAUGGCAUGAAAUGUAUGGCUUGCCAAACUGGCUUGUACAGGGAGGAUCUGCUUUUGCCGCAUUGUAUUGCCUGUACAAGUGGAAGAACAACUAAAAUGCCAGGAAGUGUUUCUUCCAGCAACUGUAUCUCUCUGCAAAACACAAAGAAGGAAAGCGUAGGAAUCCGGUUCACAGGAGAAGUUUGGAAUUCCAAGCUGUCAGAUGUCAACAGUUCAGAAUUCAGAACUUUGGCAUCAAAAGUUUCCAAAGAAGUAGAGAAAAUAUAUGCCGCCGAAGUAGGCUUCUUGUCUGUCAAAAUCAACCAGUUCAGGAAUGGAAGUGUCAUAGCCUUUACUGAUUUGGUCUUCUCUACAUCAGUGUCCGACCCUCUGGGCAAGCUUAGAACUGCCAUAUCAUCCGGUUCUGUUGGAUCUCUGUCAGUUGAUUCUUCAUACAAAAUUGUUGACCACUGUAGACUGGUUGGCAAUUGUGGCGCGAAGCAGGAGUGCAAAAGCAAUGCCACCCACGGAUACUGCGCCUGUAUUCAAGGCUACUACAAGCCGUCUGCAUCAUCAACCUGCGAGGUCGACUGCACUCCCUCAUUCUGCUUAAACAGCGGCAAAUGUGAGCGUGGACCAAACUACAGGGUUUGUAGGUGUGCCAGUGGCUACUCAGGCAACAGAUGUGAAAAAGAAGGCAACAACGUUGGUCUGAUUGUAGGCUUAUCAGUGUCAGGCUUGCUUUUAGUCAUCAUUAUUGGAAUUAUCGCGUGGAAGAAAAAUCAACGGAAGUACCAUGUCAAUAAAGGGGUCCAGCUUGAUAACACAGCAAGUGCAAAAAAUUCACCUGACUAUCCAUUGAAGACUUAUUCGAAUCCAAGUGCUUAUGGUGAAGUCUCUAAUUCAAACCAAAGCACCCCAGCUUCAGUGCGAGCAUUCUCCAACAAGGUAGCCGUUGACAGUGUACAUGCCGACGAACAAGGUGCCCUGAAAGUAGACGAGAAAGACGUUUAAUGGGUUUACAGACUUUCCAGCUAUCUAAAAUCCCACUACUGUCAAAAGGAAACCAUUGAUUUACAAAUUGUUACUUUGUUUUCAAACAGGUUUGGUUUAUAUUUUCUAACAAUUGAUUAUAUCUUUGAUCUAAGAUCAUGGUGUGAAAUUUUUUAUUGUACGUUUCCACGUUGUAAUCUCCUUACUAGAUGUUUUCUACAUUUUUAGCUUUUGGCUAAUAAACUGUUCAGUGGUUAGAUA